AUGUCGUAUUGUGGGAAACGUUUUUAUUCGAAAAUUACUGAUAUAUUUUCAGCAAUACAUCCAAUUUAUUUAACAACGCAUUUUUUAGGACUUUCAAGUUAUAAAGUAUCCGAAAUUAACAACAAAAAAUGUUACAAAUCGACGAUUUUAAUGUCGAUAAAAGCGUUUAUCCAAUUUGGAUUCUUAAUCGCUUUCGUUAGUUACAAUUUAACGUUUCAAGAAACUCCGAAAGACUCCAAUUCAAUCGCAGAUAACAUCACUUAUUAUCAAGAUAUAAUGACUUGUACCUUAUCGGUUGCGAACGUCGGAUUUGGAUUGAUUUUUACCAAGAAGAUGUGUAAGAUUAUUAAUCGUUUACACGAAAUUGAUUUGGAAUUUGAAAGUUUAGGAGUUCAAAGGGAUUAUAGAAAAACUUAUUUGAAAUGUUUCUUAAGUACGUUGAUGGCGUUUUUUUCAAUUGUUGGAUAUUUAGGUUUUAUGGUUUACAUAGCCAAAGAUGUUUCGGGUAUUUUCUUUUUUACAUGUCUCUCCAAUUAUUAUCCGUACUUUUUAAACAUCGUCGUUGAACUACAAUACGCCAAUUAUGCGACUAUAAUCGGCGAUAAGUAUAAAAUUUUAAAUAAUUAUUUAGAGGAGUUAUUUCAAAAUGUUCACGGAGCUUGGUUUAUAGAAAGCUAUAAAACUCCGUCAAAAAUUCAAAAACCUUCAAAAUCCGAUUCGGAUCAAUCAUCUUGGAUCGAUACGGUGGCGAGAUUUCAUAUAAAAUUAGCGAACGCAGCCACAUUUCUAAAUCAUGCUUUCCGAGUACAAUUAUUGUUGUUAAUUAGCACUUCUUUCGUUGGAAUUGUGAGCUCCUUAUUUUUGAUUGCAAUUAAUUUCAAAGAUUCUGAAGAUGAGGAUGAAAAUACAAAGAAUUGGAAUUAUAUGUUUACAACUUGGGCGUUUACCAACGCUUUAGCUUUGGUUGUUAUUGUCCACACGACUUCUAGAAUUUGCGAUGAAGCGAACCGUUGCCCAAAAAUAUUACAUGCUAUUCGAAAUAAAACAGCAGAUUCAAAGUUACACGAAACAAUCGAAAUGUAUUCGUUGCAAAUGUACCAUAAUCGAUUACAAUUUGAUGUUUGUGGAUUAUUUUCUUUAGAUUACACCUUAUUAUACACGAUAGUAGCAAGUGUAACGACUCAUUUGGUUAUUUUAAUUCAAUUUAACAGUGGCCAACAUCAAUCAGUGUCGAAAACAAGCACUAAUAACAAUAGCCUACAACAAACCUAAACAAAAUAAACUUAAAUAAAGUUAUAAAGUAGUUAAAAAGUUAAAAUGGAAGUAAUUUAAGAUUAAGAUUAAUCGUAUUCUCGUAAUGAACGGUAAUUUAUUUUUGUUAAAAGUUAAAUUCACUUAUUUUAACUUUUAAUAAGUAGUUGUUAUUUGU